CGUUCCAUCGUAGGCUAGGCCUAAAACGGAAGUAUGUCAGAGUAUGCAACAUGCAACUUAGGCAGAGAAAGUGAGUGACAAGUGACAAGUCUAUAUGCCUUGUUUGGCCAGGUAACCUUUGUCCAAAAUGGCAAACUAAAUAAAUUAGGCCACGGCAAGCCUUUGUGAGAAGUGAGAAGGCGAGAGCCAGCCUGGCCAGCCUCAGACUCAGAGCCGUCCUCGACACUCCUCGACGCCGACGGAAGUGGAAGUGGAAGAAAGUGAAACAAGUCUUGAGUCUAAAAAUGGGGGACGGGGAAUUGUCAUUCGUCGCCUCUGUGCACAAAUAUUUGUCAAGUGUUUCAUCGUCUAUUGCCUCACAAUUUGCAAAGAUUAAAGGAACAGUUCCUUCCCAAGAAACAUCAGUGGACCUGCAAGAUGUUUUCUCGGAGUGGAUGGGGUCAACUGAAGGAAAAAAGCGGAAAACUGUGUUGUCCCCUAAGAGUCAGCCUGCAAAGAAGCAGAAACUUGAGGAGAAAAGAUUGGUGAAAAGGACACGAUCAAGUUCAUCCAGCAGCGAGAGUGAACAGGAAAAGGGGAAGUCAUGCCCACCACCAAAAGUUGCAAAGAAAGAGUCGUCAGAUAGUGAUUCCGACUCGGAGUCUGAAAAUGAGAAGACAAAGAAAAAAAAAGUAGCAAAAUCUACCCCUGCUAAAGUUGCUGCUAAGAAAGCGGAAUCUUCUGAUAGUGAUUCCGAUUCGGACGAUGAAAAGAGUGAGAAAGCUCCAAAAGUGAAAUCUACCCCUACAAAAGCACCUGCUCCCAAAAAAGCAGAGUCUUCUGAUAGUGAUUCAGAUACAGAUUCAGAGGAUGAAAAGGGCAAGAAAACUGCCCCACCUAAGUCUACUCCCGUAGCAGUAAAAAAUCCUGCUGAAACUUCUGAUAGUGAUUCUGAUUCUGAUUCUUCUGAGGAUGAAAAUAGCAAGAAAGCUCCGACACCGAAAUCUGCGCCAGCUAAAGCAAUAACUACCAAAAAAACUGAGUCAUCUGAUAGUGAUUCUGAUUCUUCUGAAGAUGAAAAGAGCAAGAAAGCUCCAACACCAAAAUCUGUCCCAGUUAAAGCUGCUGCAACAAAGAAAGUAGAAUCUUCAGACAGUGACUCUGAUUCUGAGGAUGAAAAGAGCAAAAAAGCUGUAACACCAAAGUCUAACCCGGCUAAAGUAACAGCUGCGAAAAAAGCAGAAUCAUCAGAUAGUGAUUCUGACUCCGAUUCUUCUGAGGAUGAAAAGAGCAAGAAAACUCCGACACCAAAAUCUGCGCCAACUAAAGCAAUUGCUGGAAAAAAAACUGAGUCAUCAGAUAGUGAUUCUGACUCUGAGGAUGAAAAGAGCAAGAAAGCUCCAGCACCAAAAUCUACCCCGGCUAAAGUGACUGUUGCGAAAAAAGCUGAAUCUUCGGAUAGUGAUUCCGAUUCUGACUCUGAGGAUGAAAAGAGCAAGAAAGCUCCAGCACCAAAAUCUACCCCCUCUAAAGUGACUGUUGCGAAAAAAGCUGAAUCUUCGGAUAGUGAUUCGGAUUCUGACUCUGAGGAUGAAAAGAGCAAAAAAGCUCCAGCACCAAAAUCUACCGCGGCUAAAGUGACCGUUGCGAAAAAAGCUGAAUCUUCGGAUAGUGAUUCCGAUUCUGACUCUGAGGAUGAAAAGAGCAAGAAAGCUCCAGCACAAAAAUCCACCCCAGCUAAAGUGACUGUUGCGAAAAAAGCUGAAUCUUCAGAUAGCGAUUCCGAUUCUGACUCUGAGGAUGAAAAGAGCAAGAAAGCUCCAGCACAAAAAUCCACCCCAGCUAAAGUGACUGUUGCGAAAAAAGCUGAAUCUUCGGAUAGUGAUUCCGAUUCUGACUCUGAGGAUGAAAAGAGCAAGAAAGCUCCAGCACCAAAAUCUACCCCGGCUAAAGUGGCUGUUGCGAAAAAAGCUGAAUCUUCGGAUAGUGAUUCCGAUUCUGACUCUGAGGAUGAAAAGAGCAAGAAAGCUCCAGCACCAAAAUCUACCCCGGCUAAAGUGACUGUUGCAAAAAAAGCUGAAUCUUCGGAUAGUGAUUCCGAUUCUGACUCUGAGGAUGAAAAGAGCAAGAAAGCUCCAGCACCAAAAUCUACCCCGGCUAAAGUGACUGUUGCGAAAAAAGCUGAAUCUUCGGAUAGUGAUUCUGACUCUGAGGAUGAAAAGAGCAAGAAAGCUCCAGCACAAAAAUCCACCCCAGCUAAAGUGACUGUUGCGAAAAAAGCUGAAUCUUCAGAUAGCGAUUCCGAUUCUGACUCUGAGGAUGAAAAAAGCAAGAAAGCUCCAGCAACGAAAUCUACCCCCUCUAAAGUGAGUGUUGCGAAGAAAGCUGAAUCUUCAGAUAGUGAUUCCGAUUCUGACUCUGAGGAUGAAAAGAGCAAGAAAGGUCAGACACCAAAAUCUGCCCCAGUUAAAGCGACUGCUAUAAAAAAGGAGGAUUCUUCAGAUAGUGAUUCUGAUUCUGAGGAUGAAAAGAGCAAGAAAGCUUCUAGUAGUGAAACAAGCAAACAAUUGACCACUCCAAAAGCUGCAUCUGUCAAGGUGAAUGGUGACUCAAACCAUUUACAAGGCUCUUCAGAAGAAUCGGGCAUUGAGCAAGAUGUAAAAGAGAAAUGUUCAACGAUAUCCACCCCUGCUUCCUUUGCAAACUCAACAACAUUGAAGUCAUCAACCCCUAACAAUCUUGAUGUGAAUGGAACACCAAACUCUACAGAUGGCUCUAAAAGUAAUGGAAAGCGAACUCCGAAUGCCCCGUUCAGACGAGUCAGAGCUGAAGAGGUCUACAUCGACCCAAAGUUUGGGGAUAACUCAUUUGAAGCUAAAAAAGGAGCAAAAGGAUCCUGGGGUGAGAGGGCAAGCAAAGACCUGAUUGUUACACGCGGUAAAGGUUUCAGACAUGAAAAGACGAAAAAGAAACGAGGCAGCUAUCGCGGAGGCCCAAUCGAUACUGGCGUUCAUUCUAUCAAAUUUGACAGUGAUUAAUUUUAUUUUUUUUAUAUGUGUACUUGACAUGUUUUAAAAGGAUAUUUGCUAGUUAUUGGUGCAGCAUUCAUGCCCCAUCCAAUUGAAAAAAAAAAUUGUGCUUGAGACUGGCAUUUGGGUUACCGGUAUUGCUUCUUUUCUGUAGCUCUUUUGAUUAAAAAAUCUUUUUUGUUUUGAUUUUACAUUUUAAAAUAAUUUUUGUAUUGAUGUCCCAGGGUGCACAUGUUAUUUACCCAAAGACUUGAAGCUUUCAUAUAUAAUGGCUUUCUGCAUGAGAUGGGCAGAAUGCUAUAUAGUUUCAAAUAGACCAACUGAAAGGCACAAAAUGGCGCAAAAGUGUCAUUGUUUUUGUAACACAGUUCAGACUUUUUAAUCAGUUCAGACAUGGCAGUAAAAACGUAAGUAAUUUAAGCAGUUAAACUAAAUUUCAUGAUCCCCCAUUUCAACAAACUGAAGAUCAUGUUGCGAGUGCUGUGCAAGAUUCUUGAUGAUCCCUGUGACUGAUGUAAAUAUUCCAUCUUUUGUCUGUUCUAUUUUUAAAAAGGGUGACCUUAUUUGGGCAACACUCUCCGACAUAACCAAACAUCUCUCCUUCUGAUUCUGCAAGGUUUAUAUGUUUCGACUCAGUCUGUAAUGUUGAUAACGUUUGCCUUGUUUUACCCUUUUACUCUUAGUGACACUGUCUGUGGGUAGAAUCUAGAUUCUAGACCCAUUGAAUGCCGAAUGCAGAUAGUGAAUCAAACAAAAGCCGCAACAGGUCACCUAGAAUCAAGAUCCAAUGAAUCAUGUAAAUCUGCCAUUUAGAUAGUUUAUCAAUUUACAGAAAAUCACAGGGGUUUGUAGGUCUUUUUUUCCAGAGUAUGUUUAUAAUUUAUAUACUUGCAUACUAUAGUUAGACACGCAGACAAAAAGAAAAAAAAUUUAAAUAGCCUAAACUGAAUGAGAAAGAAGCAGCUGUAGAAUCUAGGCCUAUGCUCCUGAAUGCCGAAUGUGGUGUAGAAAGUCAAAAGUUUGUCCGCGGUUCUUUCCCUUAUUGUAAUUUGGACACGUCACGUUUUGUCAAAAAUGUAUGGAUAUUUUAACAAUUUAAAGGAUAAGAAUCCCACAUGGAUUUCAUCAUACAACAAAUGCCAACUAAGCCUAACAUUAUGUUUGAUAUAUAAAAUCACGGAUAGCUCUCACAUUUUAGUCCCCGGUGAACCGCUAUAUUUUCUCUUGUUUUUGCAACACUGUUUCCUCAAACAUCUAUUCAGAUUUGUCAAAUAGUUUGUCUCAAAAAACCCGUUCAAAGUUUUUGUCUCAACUGUCACGAAUUAAAAUUGCCCUGCACGCAUGAUGGAAAUCAACACACCCAUUGUUAUCACUCAGGUAUUGAGAGACUUCCAGGCUUGCCCCCACAUAGUCUGAUAAACAUGUUACCUUUAGAGUCAGUAAGGCACUUGCAGUUCUUUGAAUUUUGAUAUCUGAGAAGAGGAAUGAAAUUUGUCCAACAAUAGAUACUUAAUGUCAGGUUCUGUCAGAGGUUGAUCAGAUCAGAAGACAGAAAUUUGAAGGCAAUUGGUAUCACCAACUUAACUCUUUCCACAUUUCUUUCUUUUUUUUUUUUAAAUGGAGAUAAAUUUGAAAGCAGAAAACUCUAGCAUUGGAUGUCUAGCCUACAGAAAGCAAGUGCGUGUUGCCAAAUUUGCUUCAAUGGCUCCAGCAAGAACAUUUUGCCUUUUGUUAUCUCUCAUCUCCCGUUCAGAUGACAAAAAGCAAACAAAACCUCAGAGAAACUUUUUCUAGACUUAACCAGGGCUGCCCAUCAUUACGAAUUUGGCAGAAUCGUUAUGAUUUUUAUUCAAUUUUACGAUAAUACAAUUGUAAAACCCCUGAUUCUGAUUUUUUAAAAUUUCGGCUUCCCCAACCCACUGCUUACCUUCCUGAUAAAUAAGAAGGGGAGAAAAACUACCAGACAGUCUGCGUCACUAUGUCAUGUGCAGCUAACUUUAUCAUCCUGUCUGCAUUGAGCCUUGUGGUCAUUCGGUGUCACUUUUAGUUUUAGUUUUAGUAAGUGUUUUACGGCACUUGCAACACAAUACGGUCAUAUAGGUGCCGAAGAUUAGAGGUGUUACAAGAGAGUAACAAACAAAAAAAAAGAAGGAGGGGAGAUAAGGACGAUAUACGCUUGAUAGAAAAGAAGAAGCAAACCACACCAGAGCACCCGCCAACCACCCACGGUGUCACUUAGCACUGAGUAAAAACAUUGGACUUAAAAAGUAGAAGUGCCAAAACCAGGAGAAAGAUAAACAGUAGAUUGACAAGAUUUUAAGAAAAUUCCAGCCCGUUAACUUUAUGUGGGUGACAGCAUAGGCCAAUGAGAGAAUUUGUUUGAAAUGGAUCAUUGUUUGAAACUUUAAACAAUUAAAAUUUGCUAUUGUUCUUAAAAUGCAACAUGGGACAGUUGAAUAGGUUAAAAAAGAGAACAUUGGGCUACUUAAACAGCUGCGAGAGGCUAAACAGCUUCGGUAAAUCCAUUACAGUGCUUUAUUGCCCAAACACUGUACGUAACAGUCAGUUUAAGUUAUUUCUCUUGAUUUUCUUCCGUGUAUCUAUUUUUUGGGGGUUGUUUUAUCGAUUUACCUGAAUUAUGUCUAUCAUGGACAUGUUUGAGUCACCCGUAUUGUGACCUCAGUGCUUUCUUGUCCUCCAUUUAAAAAAUUAUUUUGAAAAUGUGACUUCUUCUGAAGCUCACUCUUUGUUAUGAACUGUUUUCACUGUUAUUAAAAAUGGAGAUAGGACAAGAAAGUACUGAGGUAGCGGUAUGUGCACCUGACUGUAAAUAUUGUGUAUUUGUGAAAUUAAAUGAAUGAAAAGAAAGUGUCUUAACAUACAUGUGUAGACAGACCAUUCAGUUUAAGUUUAUGCAUCCCCCGUGUUGUUCUCCCUCCCUCCCCCCUUAACUGUCAUUCUCUGUCUGUAUAAUAAUGUUGGAUUUUAAAGAUUUACUGCUAUGAAUGUGUUUGCAAUUGUUUCCUGUAACCGAAAUUGUGUUUGAUUUUAUCAUAUUUCCUUUGAACUGGAAUCUGCAUUGAAACAUUUUAUCUGAAUUAGUUUUUAUUUUAUAGAGGGCAAUAUUUUGAUCAUUAGCAACAUUCCACAAUCUGGGGGGGGGGGGGGGGGGGGGGUGUAGAGUAGAUAAAGCCAAUUUUUUCAAAUAAGACACCAAGGGGCAUCUUACAAUAUGAGCCAGUUUUGCUCUUGUUCCGGUCCAUCAUUUGCUACUUAGUUUUUGAUUGAAGAUUAAGAAAUGCCUAAGUCAGUGGUUCUGAUUUGAGCGGUCUGUUUCUCUUUAAUAUUCUCGAAGUCAAAGCCACAAAAAAUAACCCAAGGGCAUGUGAAAUGGUGCUGACGAUAUUUUCAAAUAUAGAUAAAUUACAUUUGAUUAAUCCCCAUUUGGGUUACAAUCACAAACAUACACAUAUAAAUGCAUGGUUAGAAAUACAUAAAUAUACACAUUUAUUACUGCAGUACCGAACAAUUUCACAAACAUGCCAUAGUGCAGCGCGUUGGGGUGUUUUUUUUUCUCCUAGGGUUGUCGUGUCUUGCUCAAGGACACAUCCCAGUGACCACUCAUGUAAACCCUGUGUCACAGAGACACUUGCUCGACAUUACUUUUGAGUUUGAACUCACUUAGCCGCUGGAGCCCCCCAGUUGUGUCACCUGCUAUUCAAUGAAUGUCAAGUUUGUCUGUCUGACAUUAAUUGUUGCGAGCAUACUUUUGUAAAAUAAAAAGAAUAUACAUGUAUAUCU